CCCCUUCCCCCACCAUGCUAGCACUUAAUUUUUGAAGCCCAACCUUAGCGGGGUGGAAUGGAGGGAAGGCGUGGGGCCCUGUGUGGGGGUGAACAGCUCCCGGCAUCCUGCGCGCCUGAGGUCACUAGAGCUCUAAAGCUCUGCAGCCACCUGACGACGGGCAGGGAGGGGCAAAGCAGGGAGGAGAGAGCAGCAAGGAUGGCGCCGGUGGCUCUGCGCUUGAUGCUCUUGCUCAUAGCCGGGGAUUUGGCAGCUUCUUUGAACACUCAAUCUGCUGAUUCUUCAGAAUAUACAAGUCCAAACUGUGAUGAAUAUAAAUUGCCAGGCUGUCCCAGGGACUAUAGCCCCGUGUGUGGAAGUGACAUGAUCACUUAUCCCAAUGAGUGUACUCUGUGCAUGAAAAUCAGGGAAGAAAGUCGUGAUAUUAAAAUCAUAAAGAGUGGGCCAUGCUGAUGGAACAAUUUACAGAAGAGGAGCUGGAGAGACCACCUUCAACCACACUCAAGAUAAAUUUCAUUUUCCCUUUUUCUCUUUUCCUGUGUUUCUUUGCAUUAGAUUUGUCAGCCCAUGCUUUGUGUGGAAGACAGCUAUGUGCAAUGACUGAUAAUUUCAAAAAACAAAAAAACUUUGUGUUUUGACUUUUGCCCUUUGACUUAAGCUUGUUGCCUAGGUGGUUUGUGGGUUGCUUUAUUUAGUUGGAAUAAAAUCUCUAUUGC